UCUCAUCCAAUAAUGCAUCUUGCCAACUUUGCAUUAUAUUCAUCUUCCUAGAUAUAAAUGUUUCUUUGUUUUUGCACCACACAAAUGCUAUUAUCAUUUCCGCACUAAAGCUAUCCUUUUCAAUUUUACUCUCUUAACACUUUUUGGAAUCUCUGUUUCUGUUGAAUAUAUUAUCCUUCCUUUGUUACUAAGAUUUCACUCUUUGGUUUUCAUAACAUCAAUAUGUGUUGAUAAAGGAUCAACCAGCAGCACAUCGUUUCCAUGAUUUCAAGUUCUCCGUACAAAAUCCAUAAAUUAAUGUUGAUGCUUCUUGCUAUAGAUGGGGUUCAACAAUUGGAACAACUUUGCAUGCUUUUUGGGAUUAGCCCAAGGCCAUGUAAGAACGAACACUUGAAUUUCAAAGUAACAAUUGUUUUGUAGCACUAGCAAGGUGGAAACCAAAGAAAACAAUAGAAAAUUGUCAACUUGAGUUAGCUAGAAUUGCAAUUACCAAUUGGACUAAUCAACCACGGGACCAUGGCAGAGAAUCUUGAUAGCCUUCUGCAUAAAAGAUUUGCCCAAUUGAAAGAGGCACACCAAAGGUUUGAUCAAAAUAAUCAAAUUAAAAUUCCAAAGAUUCAAAGGGUUCCUAAAUUUUUGCGGCAAAAUGAAAGAUUUUAUAAGUAUUGUUCACCAAAGAUUAUAUCAUUUGGUCCCAUCCAUCAUGGCAAUGAAAAUCUCAAAGUUGGAGAGCAGUAUAAGCUUCUAUGGACAUCAAUUUUUGUUGCGGAAUAUGGAAAAAUAAUUGAUCAAGAUGCUAAUGAAGCAUGUCGACUUUUGCAUAAAAAGAUUGAAGAUAAUAUUGAAAAAUUGAAGAAUAUGUUCACUGACGAUGUGAUUGAAGGCUACAAUGACAAUUAUCUAACUUGGAUGUUAUUUGUGGAUGGAUGUGCUUUGCUAUAUUUUAUGGAAAAUGUCAAUGACCAAUGUCCAGAACAACUUAACCUUAAGUUUGACCAACUGAUGUAUAUGUGGAGAGAUAUUAAAUUGUUGGAGAAUCAACUUCCAACUGAAAUGCUUGAAAUUCUAUGCAAAGAUUGGAGGAACCACUUGGGAUUUUUAUUUGAAAAUUAUCAUUGUUUGGGAGAAUGCAAACGUAUUCAAAUGGUAGUGGUUCCAAUGGAAAAUUCUAAACCCACUCAUAUACUUGAUUCUUCUCGCUCGAUAUACCUAUUUCCUUUCUUAAACAAUUUCAACUUUGAGGAAAACAAUCAAAUGGAAACACAAUCAAAAGGAAAUGAACACAAUUCAAUGAGGAUAAAUGCACUCCUAAACCAAGAAGUUGGUGAUGAACAAGAAGUUGAUUCAAAUUGGAAUACUUAUAAGAGCAUACGAGAUCUAAAAACAGUAGGAAUUCAAGUGAUAGCAAAUAAGACAGAUGAAUGGAGAUGGAGUAACAUUUCGUUCAAGUCUAAUUGGUUUAGUGGAGAACUAAGACUCCCUGUUUUUUGUUUCAACGAUGUCACACCUUAUUUUUUUCGAAACCUAAUAGCAUAUGAGAUGUGUCCAGAUGUUCGUUACAACUAUGAAUGUUGUUCAUUUUUCACUUUCAUGGAUUCAUUGGUUGACAAUGCUGAGGAUGUAAAAGAGCUUAGGUCAGCUGGUGUAUUUCAAAACUUGCUUGGAAGUGAUGAAGAUUUGGCAAAGCUCUUCAAUGAAUUAGGGGACGAUUUGCCAACAAAAAUGUAUUGCAACACUUCGUACACAAAUGCAGUGGCCUAUAGUAAGAAAUAUAUUCUCAUCAAGCGUCAAAUUGAAAAACAUUACAUAAAUAAAUGGAAGACAUGGUUGGCUCAAGCUUACAACACUCAUUUCAAUACGCCAUGGGCUAUGAUUGCCUUUUUAGCUGCAUCUCUGGCAUUGGUUCUAACUUUCAUCCAAACAUGGUUUGCCAUAUAUCCUAAAUAAAAAAUCAUAAUUGAUCCAAUGAAAUAAUUAUAUGUCUGAAAAAAAAUUUUGAUGUUAUUGUGUGACUUUCUCAUGAUAGUAAUUUUGUAUUAUUUAUAUCAGUUUCUUUAAUAAAGUUAUGUUGAAAUAUUUUAUUUA